UGUGAUGUGUUUGCUUCACCAGUUCACAUCUCUCACACCAGACCAGAUUCACACAUCAUCUCUGAGGAGCUCAGUGCACUGCAUCUUCUCCAGAAUCUACGACAUUCAGCAUGGUUUUCACUGUAUGUAUGAGGGUCCUCCUCGGGAUUAUUCUGCUUUCUUGUAUUCAGAGUGUGGUGAAUGAAAAUGUGGACAUUAACACCCUUUCCAGGAUUCAAACAUUUUUUCAUCUAAGGUACAUUUUCAUUAUGGGCCAGUAUGCAGUGGCCAUAAAUGUCCUAAAGAGGCAGUGUGAAAGUGUUUUCUAUCCAUCAGAAAGUAACUUUAUGCUGAAUGAUAAAUCAGCAGACGUUAAACCUAAAAUAAAUCCUGACAGCAAGUAUGUCUACAGAGGCACUGAACUCAUCGCUGCAGGGCGUCAUAGAGAUGCACAUUCAGAGUAUUUACUGAUGAAUCCUCAAAACAAUUCUCCUCUGAGAGACUUAAUGAAUAAAAAAAAGGAUGGAUGUGUGGUUUUCUAUACCUUAAUAUCUCCCUGUAUAGACAGAUGUCUUAAUAAUAAUGUUAAUAAUAAUAUUAUACCAGGUCUUGAUGAAUUAAAGGCAUACCAGGGAAUUAAAGCCUUUGUUUACACAUAUAUCUAUAAUAAUGACCAAAACAAAGAAAAUCUGCAUGAGGAACUAAAGAAGAUUUCUGAUUGUGUGCCACUUUACCGCUGUAACCAAAAAGGUUGUAUCCCCUGUGGAAAACCAGGUUCAGAUGUACAAGUGGAUAACCAAUGUUUGAAUUAACAAUUAUGUCUCAGUUGCUAACUUGAGUUUCUUGUGUGACAGCAAUGCUUUAGAUUACCUGAUGUGCUGGUAAGCUGCUAAGUCUUUUGAAGAUAUGCUUCAUUGCUCAAUUGGAAUCUUUCAUAUGUUGCCUUUUGCUUUUUCUUUCAUAAAGUUGACCUAUAUUUCUUACACACGAGUAAAUUCUGACAGGAGAGCAAAAAUGUUCAUUCGAAAUUGUUGUUUUAUGAAAAAAGUACCAGUAAAUUAAAGCCAUUAUGACCAUAUGGGUUGGACCACAAUGUUUUUCAAUAAUCUUUGUAUUAAAUUGCUCAUCUGUUUAUGCUUUUUUUGACAAUAUUUGUAAUGCUUCCAUAAACGCUGCUUGGAAAAAUAAAUGCAUUUGUAAGCACCAUC